AUGGAUAAAGUGCCGUUGGUAAUUAUGUGGAACGGAGAAUGGAACGAUGAUAAGUACACCGGGGGUAAUAAAACGUGUAUGAUGGCCAAUAAGAAUGCGACUUUUACUCAAUUAACUGAUAUUGUUUACAUAGUAACGGGAAUUGAUAAAACAAGGUACGACAUCAACAUUCAUUUUUUAAUGGAACCAUCAUGCAGUCUUCCAGCCACUAAGCUCCCUAUCAAGGACGAUUAUGGUGUUGAGUUUGUUAUGUACGAAGGAAGUAAAUAUAAGGUGAUCUAUGUUGAUAUGAUUCGUAGAGAUGCUGGAGUUUGUAACAUACAUAGUGAGCCGCAAUACCAAUUUCCUUCAAAUAGUGGUGGUAAUCAGGAUUCAGGUGUUGACGUUCCACUUACAUCAGCACGUAGUCCACUGCGGAACGAUGAUUUUGGUAUAUAUGGUACGGUUGGUUUUUCAGAUGAUGCUUCACACACAGAUGAUGAUGGUGAUAAUGAAACAGAUGAUAAUGGUGAUGAUAACAGUGGUGAUGACAGUGGAGGUGGUGGUGAAGGAGGAGCCAGUCCGGAUUAUCCAGAAGUAAGAUUUUCAGGUUCUCAAUUUGAGGACAACCCUUUACAUGGAAAUUGGGUUGUUCCUGGUGUAGAAAAUUAUGCAAUUGAGGCAACACGUUCAUGCACGGUUCGAUUUGAGGCUGGUUGCAAAGAUGUGAAUUGCAAGUUUUUGCUUCGUGCAAGAUGUAGACCUGGUUGUACGUUUUGUCAUGUGGUGAAGUUUAUGCCGGGUCACACAUGUAGUCCAGACAUCUACGAUUCAUAUUUUCGGAGUGUGAAGGCUAUUGUCAUCGGGAGUUUGUUCUCACAACGAGUGGCAAUUAGUGAAUAUACACCUGGAAUGCUAAUGGGAGAGCUGCUUGAGCAGCAUGGUGUACAGAUCAUGUACACUAAAGCUUGGAGGUCUUUACAACAUGCAAAGAGACUUGCUUAUGGCAAUGCAGAUGAGUCAUUUCAGCAGCUACUCUUAUAUUUUCACAUGUUGAAAGAAACAAAUCCCGGCACUAUCACGGCAAUAGAGACAAAUGAAAAUAAUCGUUUCUUGUAUUCAUUUUUUUCUCUUGGAGCUUCACUUCAGGGUUUUCGAUCUUACAUAAGACCGGUUGUUGCUGUUGAUGCCACCCAUUUGAAAGGUAAAUAUAAAGGCGUGAUUUUUGUUGCCACUUGCAAAGAUGGAGAGGAGAUGAUUUAUCCCAUCGCUUUUGGAUUUGGGGAUGGUGAGUCUGACAGAUCAUGGAUUUGGUUUUUAAGAAAAUUAAGAGAAGCUAUUAGCGUGCCGGAGGAUUUGGUAAUUGUGUCCGAUCGACACCAAAGCAUUGUGAACGCGAUGAGCCUUGUUUUCCCUCAUGUCCCACAUCAUACAGCUACACCCAAGUAG